GGUGUGAGCGGCGCGGCCUGAGGCGCAGGUGCGAGCCGCGGCCUGGGCAGGGGCCGGGAGGCGAUUGUGGCCUCAGGACCCGCUGGUCCGGGGCUGGAAAGGGCCGGCUCGGGCCGUGCUUCGAGUGUUGCUUGGUCAGAAGACGGUGCACUGCGGACAGCCGGGCGCCCGCCUCCGGAGGCUUCGCGACCUGGGGGUGGAGUCCAAGCUCUCGUUCCAGAGUCCUCUGUGUGUUUCUAAGAACAGCAGGAAAUGAAUACAUCUCUGGGGUUGGUGUCAUUUGAGGAUGUGGCUGUGAACUUCACCUGGGAGGAGUGGCAGGACCUGGAUGAUGCUCAGAGGACCCUAUACAGAGAUGUCAUGCUGGAGACCUACAGUAGCCUGGUGUCACUGGGGCAUUGCAUUACCAAACCUGAGGUGAUCAUCAAGUUGGAGCAAGGAGCAGCACCAUGGACUGUAAAAGAAACCCCAGACCAGGGUUUCCCAGAUGUCCAGAUUGUGGAUGACCUGAUUGAGACCAGCCAGGAAAAUCAUGGUAGACGUUUGUGGCAAGUUGUAAUCACCAGCAACGAAACAUCAACUAAGGGGACAACUGACUUAGGAAAAACAUUUAAUCUGAGCCCAAUUCAUAUUUCAAAACUGAUGAUAAAUGAUGGUAACUAUUCAGAAAUGAAGUCAGAAAUGUUGAAUAUGUGUAAGAACACGUUUCUCCCUAGUGAGCCUGAUGAGAUGCAUGCUGGAGAGAAACCGGAGGACAGUAAUAGAACUGGGAAAUCCCUCAGAUAUGCUGAGUACCCUAGUCAUCAGAAGAAUCAAACUCUGCAGCAACCUUUUGAAUGUAACGGACAAGGGAGAGACUUCAUCAAGGGAGCAAUAUUCUUUACACAUAGGAGGGUUCGUAUGGGUGAGACGGCUUACAAAUAUAAGAAAUAUUGGAAGGCCUGUGAUCAGUCAGCUCUCAUUGCCCAAGAGAGAACUCACAUAGGGGAGAAUCACUAUAGAUGUAACAAAUGGGGGAAUACCUUUUGUAAGAAACCAACACAGUUGAAUCUUCACAGAGCUGAUCUCCAGGAGCAACAGCAUAAAUGUAAUCAAAGUGGGAAUAAUUUCUGCCAGAAAUUACAUUCCCCUCAGCUUCAGAGAAUUCAAUUAGGAGAGAAAACGUUUGAAUGUGAUGUAUGCGGUAAAACUUUCUAUAAAAAGUCUAAUCUCACUAAACAUCAGAAAAUACACACAGGAGAGAAACCCUAUGCACGUGAUGAAUGGGAGAAAUCCUUCUGCCAUAAAUCAGACCGUACUAUUCAUCGGAGAAUCCACACUGGGGGAAAGCCCUAUGAAUGUAAUGAAUGUGGGAAAUCCUUCUGCCAGAAGUCAGCCCUCACUGUUCAUCAAAGGAUUCACAAUAGGGAGACACCUCAUGAAUGCAAUGAUUGUGGUAAAAUCUUCCAUAAGAAGUCAGUACUCACUGCACAUCAGAGAACUCACACAGGAGAGAGACCUUAUGCAUGUAAAGAAUGUGGGAAAUCCUUUGGCCACCGGCCAGCCCUCACUGUACAUCAGAGAACUCACACAAGAGACAAACCUUAUAAAUGUAAUGAAUGUGGGAAAUCUUUCUGUGUGAAGCCAAAACUCACUGUACAUCUGAGACUUCACACAGGUGAGAAACCCUAUGAAUGUAAAGAAUGUGGUAAAACUUUCUACCAGAAGUCAAAACUCACUGUACACCAGAGAACUCACACAGGUGAGAAACCUUAUAAAUGUGACGAAUGUCAGAAAACCUUUUGUGAAAAGUCAACCCUCAGUAGACAUCAGAGAACACACACAGGAGAGAAGCCCUAUGGAUGUAAAGAAUGUAGGAAAACUUUCUUCCAGAAGUCAGCCCUCACUGUACAUCAAAGAACUCACACAGGAGAGAAGCCCUAUGAAUGUAAUGAAUGUGGAAAAACCUUUUGCCAGAAAUCACACCUCAGCAAACAUCAGAGGACUCACACAGAGGAGAAAUCAUGUAUGGCAGAGACUGGCUGUAUGUACACCCAAACUCACUUUCUUUUUCUUUGGGGCACACAGUUAGCCUGUAUUUCUCAGCCUUCCUUUACUGUGGGUGGGACCAUAUAACUGAGCUGUGGCCAGGAGAAUUUGAACACAAGCAAUAAACAUUAAUUCCAGGCCAGGCCACAAGAAAAAAAAAAAACAAAAUACCUUCCAUGCAUUCCUGCUGACAUUUUAUGCCCUGUGGUUCUGAAGCGCAAAUCUGCUCCCCACACCCCCACCCCAGUUUGCCUUGGGAGCCACUGGGUGGAGAUGGCAACCAUGACUUAAGACAGAAAAAAUUGAUUAUGAUUAUGGAGAGCAGAAAUUUUCCCAACUCUACCAAAAAAAAAUGUCCAUUUGUGCUUUACCUGAGUGAGAAAUAAAUAUUCACUGUUGGGCCCUCCCAUGUGUAAUCCAUUUACAACACUACCAGUCCAUUGUGGCCAGUUCAUUUUAUGAAUUUGAGACAGACUUCUGUGAGAAGUUACCAGUCCUUGUGUAAAAAAUUCACACAAAUUGUGUAGAAAAUUCAACACAAUUCCUUGUGGUGUCAUCUUUCAUCCCCAGGCAAUUGAUGGAAAAAUCAAGUCAUAUGAAGAGACAAAGAAUGCAAGAAAUGUAGGAAUGCCUUUAUCAGGCAGAGACAGCUCAUUGAACACUGAGAAUAAAGUAAAGCCUUAUAAAUA